ACCCCAGAUGGUGCUCUGCUUGGUCAUGGACUCCAGGGAGGAUGGAGAUGCCUGGAUGGAGGAGCAGUGGGAGAAAUGGCUAACUCAUGACAUGAGUCUGGAUGAGUAUGAAGAUGACGACCUGUCAGAGGUGACGGAGAUCACAGAUGAGAACGAUGGCCUUCUGAGCCGCAGUGACUAUGAUAUUCAGGAACACAUGAUCCGUCCAGCCAAUGGGAGUGGGGAAUUGGGCCGGAGGAGGGGGGCUGUGGAGCUGCAGAAGGAGAUGCUUCAGCUGGACCUGAUAGACGCUGAGGGAGACACCCAGGAAGAAGGAGGAGAAGACGAAGAAGAGGAAGAAGAGGAGGAGGAGGAGGAGGAGGAGGAGAGGCCUCUGCUGCUCAUCGAUGAGCACAGAGAGGAAGAGCGAUCGCUGAUCGCCACUAUGGAUACGUACCGGCCCAAGAGACCCACCACCCUUAAUCUGUUCCCGCAGGUGCCAAGGACUCAGGACACCAUUAAUAAUAACUCUUUUGGUGAAAAAGACCGGAGGAAAGAGAAGAAGACCCAUUCGUCUUCACCUCACAUAAAAGGGGCCCAGCCUGCCACUGUUGAAUAUGUUACCCCAACCGAUGGGGACAAGGUCCAAGCCAGCAGCCGGUUGGAUGCUAAGCCGUGUGUGGCUGCUUCUAUGACACACAAAGCUCCAGUUUCUAACUGCAAGAAGCAGGAUAAACCUUCUGACAGUGUGGGCAACAACAUCUGUACGGUCCCGGUGUCCAAUCAGACAGCCAUGAAGGACAAGACGAGGGACGGGAAUGUGACUGGGACUAUCAGCAAAGAGAAAGCCCACUGUAACACCAUGAAUGGCUGCAGGGAACAUGUUCAGUACUCUGGAGAAAAUGGGUAUAUACACCACAACUCGGAUAAAAACAAGGACAGGAGUAAGGAGACAAGGCUGGACAUCCAGUUAACGCCAGUGGGUGCUGAGCAGGAGAGACCUUUCCUUUCCCAAAGCAGCGACAGCAACCGCAUGUCCAUCAGCUCCGAUACUGAACUCCCUCCCCUGCAUUUCCAUUCUCUAGCCGAACGUACCAACCCAUCCAUCAGUGAAGAGGAUGAAGUGUAUCCUCCAACGCCUCCGUGCAGGACUGAUAGCCUCAGCGAGAUAAUAGACUCUGUUUCGAAUGAAAAAGCAGGCGACAAAGCAGCUGUGAACACAGCAGUUAGCACAGACGACUCAGGACUGACAUACGACUCGGUGAAAUACACCCUGGUGGUGGACGAGCACUCGAAGUUGGAGCUGGUUAGCCUAAAACAGUGUUACCAAGGCUAUGACAGCGACAGUGACAACACUGUCUACGAGUCGGCUGUUGAAGAGGACGAGGAGGAUCAUGAGGUGGAUGAUGACGAAGAAGAGUCAGGCGCAACGCGAAUGAAUAGGGACACUUCUGGGCUGUCGACAGACUCUGCCACUGACACCACGUCAGACAUGCCUCGCUCACGCAAAUUCCUCAAUGUCUUCAUAAACAGGCGUCCGCGCUUUCCUGGUGUGGAAUCCUUUGGUCUUUUCUCCUGCAUUAUCGAUGGUGAGGAGAGAGAGCAGAGCCACAGGGCAGUGUUCAGGUUCAUCCCAAGGCACGAGGAUGAGCUGGAGUUGGAGGCGGAUGACCCACUGUUGAUGGAAAUGCAGGCGGAGGAUUUGUGGUGUGAAGCCUAUAACAUGCGCACUGGCUCCAGAGGCAUUUUCCCCGCAUUCUACGCAGUUACAGUCACCAAGGACAACCAGCCUAAAGAGGUCAAAAGUGAUUGGCUGGACACAUUCUGGGUGAAAUUCUUGGGUUCUGUUCAAGUGCCAUAUCAUAAAGGGAAUGAUGUGCUUUGUGCAGCUAUGCAGAAGAUUGCCACAAACAGAAGAACCAUGCAGUUCAACCCUCCCUCCAUGUGCAUCGUGGAAAUCAACAUAAGAGGAGUGAAGAUCAUUGUUCAGGACGAGUGUGAGGUUUCUGGAAGGGGUGACAAGUACUGUCACUUCUUUCAGCUGAAGAACAUCUCCUUCUGUGGAUGCCAUCCAAAGAACAAAAAGUAUUUCGGAUUAAUCACCAAACACCCAGCACACCAGAGGUUUGCCUGCCAUGUGUUCUUCUCAGAGGAGCACGCCACAUAUCUGGCUGAAUCUGUUGGCAAAGCAUUCCAGCAGUUCUACAAAGAACACAUGGAGUACUCCUGUCCCACAGAAGACAUCUUCCUCGAAUGA